AUGCACGAGAAAGGGAAAAUGCUCGACACAAAUCACUACAACGCCUUAAGCUUGGCUCAGCCCACGAAUUUCAAGUCCAUGUUGCACUCGGGCAAGCUACUCUGGGGCACGGGAUGCCGAAUCCCCCACGAGGAAGCGGCACGGAUAGUUGCCUCGACGCCGUAUCAUUUCUGCUUCAUAGACGCGGAACACACGCCCCUGAACGCAACGCUGCUGGUCAGCCUUGUUCGCACGAUUCAAUAUCACUCCAACGGCUCCAUGGUGCCAUUUGUCCGGAUCCCAGGCUGCUCGCCCGAGCUGGUCAAUUAUGCGCUGAAUGCCGGCGCGGGGGGCGUCAUGAUGCCUCACAUCCAGAACGCCAAACAGGCAGAGGACCUGGUCCGGUUGGCUCGGUUUCCGCCCAUGGGAGACCGGAGCUUCCCUCCCGCGGCGCUGAUCAACAAGAAGCAGCAGAGGACGCCGGAGUCCCAGACGGUCUACGACGUGUGGAACAGCCAUGCCGCUGUCAUCUGUCAGAUAGAAGAUCUGCAGGGCCUGGACAAUAUUGAAGAGAUUUGCGGGGUUCCAGGAGUUGACGGCCUUUUCAUUGGGACCGGCGAUUUGCGCAUGUGUAUGGGAUUGGCUGUGGGCAGUCUCGAUGGUGAUGAACCCGUGUUUGUCUCUGCGCUCCGGAGGAUCCGGGACGCCGCAAAGGCCAAUGAUCUUCCCAUCAUGGGUUUUGGCAUCUCCCCUUGUACCCUAGAGCGUAGGAUUGACAUGGGCUGGAAUGCGUUCAUCAUACAUGGCGACAUUGAUGCCAUAUGCACCUCGGCCAUCCGGUCAUUGGAUACUUACAGUGAUGCUGCCGAUCGCCAUUUAUCCAAGAUUAGUGACAAGAAUGGCAAUGGCUCUGCCAAUGGCUUAGAUGACGAUUUGGGAAGCAGAACAAGAGGGGAGGGGGCCGUUGGUUCUCUGAACGGUUCCCAGUCCGUGGGACCUCAAUAG